GCUACAUUUGUCUGGGCUACUGUUGAACGUUAAAGUUUCCGUUCCGAUAGUAGUCAGAGCUACCAUUAGUUUACAUUUUUUCUCCGUCACUGUUACAACCACAAGACAAAUGUGCAUAGGCUGCGUGCAGAAAGAGUAUCCAGACAGGGGAAACACUUGUCUGGAAAAUGGUUCCUACCUGAUGAAUUUCGUGGGGUGUGCGAACUGCCACCAGCGGGACUUUGUGUUGGUCAGUAAUAAAACCUCUGUGGACGAGGACGGAGAGGAGAUCGUCACGUACCUGCAUACCUGUAAGAACUGUGACCACAUCAUAGCCCGACACGAGUACACCUUCUCUGUGGUGGACGACUACCAGGAAUACACAAUGUUGUGUAUGCUUUGUGGCAAGGCUGAGGACUCCAUCAGCGUUCUGCCGGACGACCCCAGACAGACAGCUCCGCUCUUCUAGAACGCAGCCAGAGGCACACGGACCAUUCUAGAAAAUGCAGGUUAAGCCUGUGUUAAUGCUAUGCUUGUUUAAACUAUGCACAUGACAGCUGUCAGCCCAGACUGAGCUCCUGAUGGGAGUUGUAAAGGCCAUUUGGGUAUAACUCACUGCUUCAGAUCCUUUCUCAGAAUAAUGUUCACGUCCAGCCCAGGAACAGGCUCUUUGUGUAUCAGUUAAGAUAUUCCUAAAACCAAGAACUGCAGAUUGUCUUUCCGACAUAAGACUAGACUGAAAACAGCCCGAUGCAGAUAACUCAGGAACAUGGUGUGAAGACACAAUGCACAGAAUGAAAUACAGAAGCAUGUUUCAAAUCACAGGGUCCAAAGACCUGUUGUUUUAAAAACAGUAUAAAAUAUCUGAUAAAAUGUCCCAGGACAAGGGGGGUGUUCCAGAAAGCGGGGUUUAGUGAA